AUGAACAUUUCCGAACUCCGACAAACAUUCUCUUUCAUUAUUUCUCUGAAGCAGUUGGAGCUUAGAAGAAGGUUUACUGCAGGAGCUACAAACUGCCGCAUCUGAGAUACACUCGCUCAAAAGUUCGGCGUCCUGCAGUUUGUAUCCAGAAUCAACGUCUACACUGGACAGGGGUCCUAGAUCGAUUUGUCGCGCUUGUUGACGAGUGAAAGCAUGUUCGUUGUUCUCAAAUUUUUCAAACGAGCUGUUUAGCAACUAUUUAUUUUGCUGAUAUUAUUAUUAUUAUUAUUAUUUUUAUAAUAAUAUACAUAAAGAUAUCACUCGACUGUGAUUGGUUGAUUUCAGUGCAGUUAAUCCCAAACAGCUGUGCAAUUUUCUGUAAUCACAGUGCAAUUUUCUGUAAUCACAGUGCAAUUUUUUGUAAUCACAGUGCAAUUUUCUGUAAUCACAGUGCAAAAAUCUGUAGCAAACUGAUCUGAUUGGUGGCAAAACAUUGUAAUGAUUAAAUCAACUAAUCAGUUUAAAGCAGUUUAGUUUUAAAGAAGUAACGAUCACAGAUUGCUUCAAAACAAAACAAACAUGGCGCCGCGCUACACAAAGUAAAAGUUGCCUUCGCGUGGAAAAUAUGGCUUUUAUCUUUAUUUUUAAAUGGAAAAGCAUUUACCUUAAACAAGACUAACAAAAAAUACUCAGUUGAGUGGAAUUUUCAAGCUGUUAGCGUUGUAUAAUGUGAUAAAACAAAGCCAGGAAAUCUUUGCCAGUGGAAUGUUCGCUAUAAACGCGUAAGUUAAAACUACAAUUGUCUCGAACAUUUUUAUGUAAAUUAUUAAUAAGUAAUAGCAUGGUUUCUCGUGAAAUUUGGAUAAACAUACACUCGUGAGUUUUUCAGAGACCUCAAAUAGCACUCGCCCUUCGGACUCGUGCUAUUUUGAGGUCUUUGAAAAACUCACUCGUGCAUGUUAUAUCCAAAUUGCACUCGAAACCAUGCUAUUACCUAUACUUAUUAUUAUUAUUAUUAUUAUUAUUAUUAUUAUUAUUAUUAUUAUUAUUAUUAUUAUUAUUAUUAUUAGAUGAAAACCAGAGAAGGCGCAACACGAUUUCACAACAUGAAUUUAACAAUUUUUAAACACCAUUAGUCAAAAUGCAAAUUUGGAGGUAAACAGCAAUCUGGAUUUGCAUACAGACAAUGAUAUUGUCCAAAACAGUCACGAACGGCAAGAAACCGAAGCUGUAGGGGGCUUUGAAGUGACUAGUAACUGUCCUGGUGAACCACACGCCGGCAUACAUGAAGCAGGACGUCUACCCGACUAUGUUGCUGUUGAUAUACCAUCGAUUACCAUCUGGGGACGAAGAGCGGACGGCUCAAUAAUUACGGUCAACUCGUCAACCAUAAUUAAUGCAUACGAUGAAAUUACGCGAUGGCGUAAAAAUACUUUCCUCGUCCCUUAUGGCAAAGUUGGGCGAGACUUUAUCGACCAGCUAACACAACAUAUAAACGAUUGGAACAACGCAUCGCAAACACAACACAUGGCGCUGAAAGCUGCAAUUGUUCUCUUGGCAACGGCACUGCAAAAGCCAAGCGUAAAAUCGAAGGCAAAAGAUCACAAAGAGUGCUUGGAAAAACGACUAGCGCUAUGGAAAGGAGAAGUCGAGAGCUUACUUCGUGAAGGCCGGUCCAUUCAAAAGCGUCUAGCAAAGGCUAAAAGGACGGAGCCUCCAAAUAAAGCAAAGAUAUUCGCCAAGUUGGUCAUGGAAGGUCAGAUCAAUUCUGCUUUGAGAUAUCUCAGUGAGGCUGAUUGUGAUGGAGUGCUGCCUUUGACUGACGACGUGAUGAGACUGCUUCAGGAGAAACACCCUGAGGCACAAGAGGCCAAACUUGGCUCGUUACUCUUCGGGCCAUUUGACGAAGUGCACGAUUCGUUAUAUCAGCAGAUUGAUGGCGAAAUUAUACGCGAGACAGCAAUGCGAACCAAGGGGUCCGGCGGCCCUUCAGGAGUGGAUGCAAAUGGAUUCAAGCGUAUUCUCGCAUGUAAAUCGUUUAAGAAAUCAGGCGUAAACUUGUGUGAGGAAGUAGCAACAAUGACCCGGCGGCUAUGUACGGAAUACAUUGACACGAGAACUAUCGAGCCUAUAUUAGCCAACAGGCUUAUACCUCUUGACAAAGGCGAGGGCGCGGUUCGUCCAAUUGGCGUCGGGGAAGUUAUCAGGAGGAUUAUCGGGAAAUGUGUUAUGAAAGUGAUUAAGCCCGACGUGAUUGAUGCCAGUGGAUCGCUACAGUUGUGCGUAGGUCUUAAGAGCGGAAGUGAGGCAGCCGUUCAUGCGAUGCACUCCAUAUUUGAAGCAGAUGAGACAGAUGCCGUACUUCUGAUUGAUGCCUCAAACACAUUUCACGCACUCAAUCGAGCGGCUGCACUCCACAACAUAACAGUUCUGUGUCCAUCUAUGUCAACCUACGCAAUUAACACCUUUCGCGAACCAGCUAGACUAUUUAUAUCUGGUGGAGGAGAGCUCAAGUCCACCGAGGGUACCACACAAGGGGAUCCCCAGGCCAUGGGGAUGUAUGCCAUCAGUCUUCAACCCCUGAUCACCGGAUUGAAUGUGUCAAGCAAUGUUAAGCAAUGUUGGUUUGCUGACGACGCGAGUGGUGCGGGAUUUCUGAAAGAUAUCAAGCGAUGGUGGGAACACCUGAAUGAAGCUGGCCCUAAUUUAGGAAACUUCCAAAUGCUAAGAAAUGCUGGCUGAUCAUAAAGCCUGGAAAGGAGAAAGUGCUCAUGCUAUUUUGAUGGGACAGCGAUCAAUAUCUUUGCGCAGGGGCAAAAGCAUUUGGGCGCAGCCUUGGAUUCUAUGGUUUUCCUGGAAGAAUACGUCAACGGCAAGGUAGAGGACUGGGUUAGCCAAAUCGUCAAGCUAGCUGAAUUCGCAGCGUCACACCCUCAAGCUUUCACCUUUGGCCUUCGCCAUCGAUGGACGUAUUUUCUUAGAACACUUCCAGAUAUAGAAGAUUUACUGGAGCCCUUGGAGCGUGCUAUUGCUGAUGUCCUGAUACCAUCAAUUACAGAUCAUCACUGUACAAAGAGUGAAAGGGAUCUCCUAGCACUCCCAGUACGAAUGAGCUGUCUUGGCCUUAUAAAUCCUAGACAGGAUGCAGCACUGCAGUACGAAACGUCGAUAAAGAAAAUUAUUGCACAAGCCUACGAAAUUCCAGAUGACUCUGUUAUUCACAUACUGCAGCAGAAUGCGCGAAAUGAAAAGAACGAUGUACUUCAGGCUAAACGGGAUGGUAUUAAGAACUCUCUACCCCCGAAAACACGGCGUGCUUUUUUUUUAAUUGCUUUAAUGAAAACUAUGAAAUUAGAAACUAACUAUGUGCUAUGGAACUAGCAACUGAAAAAGGUGCAUCCAACUGGCUAACAGUUAUCCCCAUUAAGGAAAUGGACUACAAUCUGAACAAGGGUGAGUUUCGAGACGCAGUAAAUCUGAGAUAUGAGUGGAAAAUUGCUGAUAAGCCAUCAUUAUGCGUGUGUGGAGAUACUUUCAAUAUUGAUGACGCAAUGAUCUGCAAGCGAGGUGGGUUCAUCAUACAGCGCCACAACGAGCUGCGGGAUCUUGAGGCUGAUAUGCUUAACAUCGUCUGUAAUGAUGUCGAGGUUGAACCCGUUCUUCAAGAGUUAACUGGCGAGGUUUUACCAAGAGGAGCAAAUACAGCAUCCGACGCUCGCCUAGAUAUCCACGCUCGAGGGUUUUGGGAGAAACAAAGGUCCGCGUUCUUUGACGUUAGGGUUUGUCACCCCAACGCGGAAUCCUAGAAAGACCUCAGCCCUCAACAGAUAUAGAGGCAACAUGAAAACGAGAAGAAGAUGAUGUAUGCCCAAAGAGUGAUGGAGAUAGAACACGGAACUUUUACACCAUUAGUAUUUACAACGACCGGAGGCAUGAGUGAAGAGUGCAAGAGGUAUCAUAGCAGAUUGGCCGAGCUCAUAGCAGCGAAGAAAGGCGAAGACUACUCUACGACUAUGUCCUGGAUACGAGCCAAGGUCUCCUUUGCCAUCUUGCGGUCAGCUCUACUUUGUCUCAGAGGGACUAGAGCACCCAGGAGGAUAACAACGAACGUUCAAGAAACGGACUUCGAAGUAGACAAUUCUCGUGCCAAAAUUUAGGCUUAGACUUUUACCAUAAAUUAACUGCUUACUAUAACAUAUACUAUACAUACUACAACAAUUUAGAUUUUAUAAAUUAUUAUUAUAAUUAUUGUUAUUAUUAUUAUUAUUAUUAUUAUCAUCUUAGUUUUAUACCUGUAAUAUAGUUUUAUCAAUAAUUAAUAGUAUUAUUAUUAUUAUUAUUAUUAUUAUUAUUAUUAUUAUUAUUAUUAUUAUUAUUUCCGUUCUGGACACGAAAACAAACUCCUAAACCAAUUAACCAGUCAAGGAUCCUUUUUCUGUAGCGUCACGAAGUUCGCUUUACCUCAACUUAACAAGGUUUGGUCCAUCGCCCAAUCAAAGCUCCCGAAAAACAUUUACAACUUUACCAUUCGUUACAUUAACAACUCUCUUCCGACGCGCAAAAACCUAAACAGAUGGGCAAUAUCCUCAAAUUCAGACUGUUCUUUUUGUCUCUGCCCUGAAACAUUACUAAACAUAGUAGCUGGAUGUCAGUUUUAUCUCGACCGAUUUACGUGGAGACACAAUUCAGUCCUGAACUUUCUUGCUCAUACUUUACAAACUGUUUACGGUUCUACUCUCUACGCUGAUCUAAAUGGAUUCAAAAGCCCUUCAAUACUUACUGGUGAUACGUAUCGCCCAGAUUUGUUAUUAUCGUGCUCAAAUGGUUCCUUAUAUGUGGUUGAACUCACCACUGGUUAUGAGACAAACCUCAAAAACAACGUAAAACGGAAGAAGGAUAAAUAUAGAGAAUUAUUGAGACAGCUAGGUAAAAAUUUUAACCAAGUUAAAUUUAUAAAUCUCUCCAUCAGCUCUUUAGGUAUUUUUGCAGAAGAAUGUUAUAAAUUUUUAGACAUGUUAGAUAGUAUUGGUCUUGACAAAAACCACCAAAUGUACUGCGUUAGGAAAAUGACGACUAUUGCUAUUAGAACUACAUAUUACAUUUUUUGCUGCCAAAAUAAGGAAUGGGAAAAUCCGGAUUUACUAACAAUUUUACUUAUCUCAUUGUAUAUACAUAUAUAUUGCAUGCACUUUGUUCUGUUAUUUUAGCAUAAUUGUGAUUCAAAUAGCCAACCGUAAGUUACCUUUAUGA